AUAAGACCGAACAGCUCUGCGCGUCGCUCGCUGGCGAUGUACCUGUUCUUGCGCUUAACCUAGACCUCUUCCCCGCGCAGUUUUGUAAUAAUCUUGCUAGACGACUGGUCCCGGAUGAAAAAUGAACGGAACGGAUCAGCGUGCUUUUCUUUUCCCGAGGGGAGCGGGGAGCGUGUCAUUAAAAGGUGCCCCGUCGACGGUUCUCUCCGCGCGAUGCACCGCAGGCUACCAGUCGCCGGUAUGCAAACAUCGACUUCUGUUCGAGUUCCACCCUGCACUCACUACAACCUUGAAAGACAAUUGUUCAACAUUACUUUACCAGUUAAGCAAGCAACAGGAUGGAAAUCCACGAUUUCAUAGUAGUCCGUCCAUGUCAAGGAGCACAAUUUCAAUAAGGCCUUUGCAAGAAGCAUGGGCCACAAUUCGAAAUCGUUACCAGUUCUAGGUAAAAGUGGUGUCUUUUCCUCGUUAACUGGUAUCAUGUCGUCGACGAGAAUCCGGCGCCAAGCUCCCAAAAAAUAUAAUCUCACCAUGUAUUUGCCUUUUUUUUUUUUUUUUUU